AUGUCCCAAAUAUUGACCUCUCGGCAGGCCGAUGAGCUAGCCCUCAUCGCAUACCUCACUGCCGCCAACCUGCCCAACACCGCCGCCGCCCUCCGAGAAGAGUUGAACCUAAGCGAAGAGGUUUUUGAUCCAGCUACGGCAAAAAAGUAUGAAGGCCUACUAGAAAAGAAAUGGACUAGUGUAGUCCGACUGCAGAAAAAGAUUAUGGAUCUCGAGUCGCGAAAUCAUAUCCUACAGUCAGAGCUCGACAAUGCGACGCCUACAUCGCGACAGAACAAAGACCCUGCCGCCUGGCUACCCCGAGCACCUCCUCGACACACGCUUCAAUCACACCGCGACCCCAUAACCUGUGUAGCGUUCCACCCUGUUUUCUCGUCUCUAGCUUCCGGAUCAGAGGAUCAGACCAUCAAGAUCUGGGAUUGGGAGCUAGGCGAGCUAGAGAGGACGAUCAAGGGCCACACAAAAGCUGUCCUCGACGUCGACUAUGGCGGCCCCCGCGGGAACACGUUGCUAGCUUCGUGCAGCUCAGAUCUAACUAUCAAGCUUUGGGACCCCCUAGACUCGUAUAAAAACAUUCGGACUCUACCCGGCCACGAUCACAGCGUCAGCGCCGUGCGAUUCAUCCCUGGUUCUGGUAACCUUCUGGUUAGCGCAAGUCGCGACAAGACACUAAGGAUAUGGGACGUGAGCACAGGGUACUGCGUCAAGACAUUGCGCGGCCAUGCCGAGUGGGUGCGCGACGUGUGUCCAUCCAUUGACGGGAAGUAUAUACUCUCCACCAGCGACGAUUACACAAGCAGGCUAUGGGAUGUAACGAUAACAAACCCCGAGCCCAAGGUGACCUUGAUCGGCCACGAGCAUGUCGUGCUAUGUUGUGCCAUUGCACCUCCGGCCGCAUAUCAGAAUCUUGCCGCCAUGGCCGGUAUCAAGAAGCCCCCUGCGACAAGCUCUGCCGAGUUUAUGGCCACGGGCUCUCGAGACAAGUCGAUCCGGUUAUGGGAUGCGCGCGGGACAUGCAUCAAAACCUUGGUCGGCCAUGAUAACUGGGUGCGAGGGUUGGUGUUCCAUCCUGGAGGAAAAUACCUCUUAUCUGUAUCCGAUGACAAGACCCUUCGGUGCUGGGAUCUGACACAAGAAGGAAAAUGCGUCAAGACGAUCGGGGAUGCGCAUGGCCACUUCGUCCAGUGCAUCAAAUGGGCCCCGUCGGUUAUCAAGGAUGCGUCGGUGAACGGUGAACAUGGGGAACCAAACGGGACGCCAAAGAAGGGAGGAGCGGCUGCCAACCCCGAGGCUCAGAUCCGUUGCGUUAUUGCGACAGGAAGCGUUGACUUGAACGUCAGAAUCUUUGCCAACUGAUGCAUACGCAUGGCAUAAGAGCGGCUAGAGCAGGAUGUCUCAGGCAGAGAGAGCCCAUGCACCGGAAGCAAAGACACAGGUUGCUGCUCAGCGGGCCCUUGCUGAUAUCCACCACUACCCGAGAGCUAUAUUCUUGGACGGCUGGCCGUGAUGCUAGCUCCU